CUCUUCCUCGACGCACCUGAGUAUUUGCUUAUUCUGCUGAACGGGGCGAAGAUGGACUCCCUACCAGUGUCGCCCCGGCUCCAUAGCUCGGCGGCAGCAAAAGACAUAUAGUUGAUCGCCCGCCCUCCUAAUUUUUGCUCAUAAUUUUGAUUUGUCAUGUCAGCUGUUGCUCCCUGCCUUUUUACAGUUAGUCGGCAGAGGCCAAUGCACUAUUAAUUGCAGAUUUUCUUCUAAGAAAUAUUUUAAAAGAUGCUCUCUGGGCAGCUAUUACAGCUAACCGAACAUGGCCGAAAUAUUCUUACUUCGAGGAGGAGGACUCUUGCUCUAGUUGCAGGUGUCAUGGUGACUGGUGGAACUGCUGUAUAUAUGCAGUCACGAAUCACCAAAAGCAAAAGGGAUAGGUCCAAGAGCUCUAUCAAUGUUACUGGACACUUGAGCCAGAAUGGUGUAGAUGAUAAGGCAGCCAAAAUUUUGAGGAAGAAAAGGAGUGGCCUGAGAUCUCUACAUAUUUUAACUGCAAUUUUGCUCUCGAAAAUUGGCCCUACUGGUUUACGGACUCUUGUGGGGUUGGUGACCACUGCAGUGUUGAGAACUGCCUUGAGUAACAGACUUGCCAGAGUUCAAGGUUUCUUGUUUCGGUCCGUUUUUCUAAGACGCGUGCCAUUGUUUAUUCGGCUAAUUGUAGAAAACCUCAUCCUAUGUUUUCUUCAAUCUACCUUGUAUUCAACUUCAAAAUAUCUGACUGGAGCACUAGGUUUGCGGUUCAGGAAAAUAUUGACCGACCUCAUACACGCAGAUUAUUUUGAGGUAAUUGUGUUAGUUUCUGCUGCAAGUUGGAUUUAUUUAAGGGAUAUUUAUAUGCUGAUAUGGAUCAUUUAUUGUUCAUCUUCUAUGUUUCAACCUGGAAAUAAUUCACCAUAACAAGUAGCUUAGCAU